GUCAUCAUAGGCGGUGGGUCGUGUUGCCUGCUUGUGCAUCUGUAUUUCUGUUAUUUUGGCGGUACACGUUCAAAGAGAUAUAUUGAAUAUUUUGUGGGUUUAAUUCAAAGGAAAAUGAGCAUUUUGAAAUGUUUUCUGCGGUCAUGCACAGGCUACUCUCAUUAUUGGCAAGCUCAAGCAAAGCAAAUGGAAUUCUACACUUACAGGAGCUACACCUCUACUGUUAAUGACGAUGGUUCAAACGAAGUUAAGAUUGAAGUUCCAUGGGGUGUUAUUGCAGGCAAGGAGUGGGGACCAAAAUCAGGCAAGCCAGUUUUAGCUGUCCAUGGCUGGCAAGACAAUGCAGGGAGCUUCGACAGAUUAGUGCCUCUAUUGAACUCUGAUUUGAGAAUUCUUGCCAUUGACUUACCAGGACAUGGCAAGUCUUCUCCCUUUCCUCCGGGUAUUUUCUUCCAUUACAUGGACUAUUUACUGAGUAUGAAUAGAGUUGUGAGGCAUAUGGAAUGGGAUAAAUUCAUUUACUUGGGCCACAGCCUUGGAAGUAUUUUAGGUUACAUAUACUGCUCAACCUUCCCAGAAACGGUAGAAAAAUACAUCGGAAUAGAAGCCCUAAAGCCUAAAGUCUUUCCUGCGGAGAAGCUUCAAAAGAUCAACAGGAAAAACGCAGAGACUUUCUUCAAAAUUGAAGGAAUGAAAGCCAAUACUCAGCCAGUUUACUCCUACGAAGAAGCCGUGAGAAGAAUGUUAAAAGGUUACGAUGGUUCGAUCAAUGAGCAAUCAUGUGAAGUACUUUUAAGGAGAGGCUUGAGAGCGACUGGAAACGGAUAUACUUACAGUCGUGAUCCAAGGGUAAAGGUCGGCCGGCUGGAUUUAGGGUACUCGGAAGAAAGCUUGAUGGCAUAUGCAUCUAAUAUGAGUUGUGAAGUCCUCAAUAUAAAGGCUAAAAAUGGCCUUGAUUAUGAACCCAAAGAGAUAUAUUAUGGUGCUGUCGAAGCUCUGAAGAAAACAGCUCCAAGAGUCCAGUUUGAAGAAGUUGAAGGCACUCAUCAUCUUCACCUCAACACGCCAGAAAAUAUAGCUUCACUUAUAAAUGAAUUCAUAAGUUCAUAAUGAAAAAUUAAUUAGGGCAUUGUGGAGCUGGUCGAGAUUAUAUGAGGUAGAUAAUUUAUUUGAUUUAGGAUAGCAAUUGAUAUUCAACCUGAGAACUGGACAGUUAUGAAGUUAUUAAAUAACAAUUAUUUAAAGUACAUAUACGGGCUUUUUUAUAUUAACAUGGAAUUCCAUCACAGUCUGUUACAGUUUUCAGGUUUUCACCCAUUUCUCAUGACCGGGAAUGUAUAUAUUGUAUGAUAGAUUUCUGACUCAAUUUAUUUAAAGUAUAGUUAAUAGGAAGUUGAAAAGGUGAAAAGAGAAAUAUAAAAGUUACCAUUGGAUUCACCUAACUAGUCAAAAUUUCAAAAUCAGGUUGUUCAAUUAUUAAAACAUUUCCUACUUCCUGUACCAUUUCUUAUGCACAAGCAUUAUGGUAAUAUUUUCUCAUAUAUUAUUUCAUAAUUUUGUAUGAUUUUAUAUCUAUAUCUAUAUCUGUCUAUCUAUGUAUCUAUCUAUGUAUCUAUCUAUGUAU